AUGGGUCGCCAGAUAAGACCUGCCAAGGUCUACCAGAUGGUGACCGCGGAGCUUCAGUCGAGGGUGAUGCCCAAAUACGAAGUCAAGCCUCCCCGUGGUAUCCCGUUCUCUACAACAUCCCCCGCCGAGACGAUAACGAGGACUCCUGCCGUGCAGCUCAGAGAGGUGAACAAGAAGCAAAAGCGGCCGAGAAACGUCUAUCGACCCCAGAGGAUCGUGUUCCCCGAGGACGCUCUGCGACAAGCUUUCUACAAGGACCACCCCUGGGAGCUUGCGCGCCCUCGCAUGAUUCUCGAGCUGGACGGAAAGGACUCGCGUCUGCUGGAUUGGAGCAAGGGCGUAAGGCAGCCUGGAAUGGCUCUCUCGGGCGAGUGUGUUGUGCAACGACAGCUUUGGCUCAUGGAGAACGGAUUACCAAAGGAUGAGGCUUACGAUAAGGCGCGCAAAGAAUUCUACGCACUCCGUCACGAAGAAGAGGUCGAGAGGAGGAUAGCUAAGGAGGAGGCCCAGUUUGUUGGCGCAUACUUCGGCAAGACCAGGUUGGAGAUUGGCCACGAGAUCGAAGGCAAGGAGUUCGAGCGGUGGAAGGUAUGGGCUGCGGCCGAAACCGAGAGGCUCCGCGCCCUGAGGUCUGGCCCUGAGACACCUGUAGCGGCGGCACCCAGCGCAAACGCUGCUGAUGCGGGUGCUGCUGAAGCUGCACCCGGUGAGCUUUAA